UCAGACCAAAAAUGUCUACCCUCAUCGACUUGGCAGAAGAACAACGCGCGCCUCUUCUCAACGACGACGACAUCGUUCCUGCCUCGUCAUCCAACGGCCCUGAUGCGUCCAGUCCCAGUCCCACCACCGAUCCCAGUCAACGGCUUGCCUCUCUUGACGUCUUCCGUGGCCUCACCGUCGCGUUAAUGAUUCUUGUUGAUGAUGCGGGAGGGGCAAUCCCGUCGAUUAAUCACUCACCGUGGUUCGGUGUGACACUCGCGGAUUUCGUGAUGCCAUUUUUCCUCUUCGGUGUUGGCGUCUCCAUUAGUCUUGCAUUCAAGAAAAUUUCUAGCAAACGAAUGGCUUCGAAGAAAGUCAUACUGAGGACCAUUAAGCUUUUUCUUGUGGGGUUGUUUUUGCAAGGUGGGUAUUUUCAUGGGCGUAACCAUUUAACAUAUGGAGUUGAUGUGGGCAAGAUACGUUGGCUAGGUGUAUUACAGAGGAUAUCAAUUGGAUAUCUGUUGGCAGCAAUGUCGGAGAUCUGGCUUGUUAACAACAACAUGGUUGACUCACCAGCAGCUUUUGUGAGGAAAUACUACAGUCAGUGGAUGUUUGCUAUCUUACUGUGCUCAGCUUACAUGUGCUUGCUCUAUGGUCUUUAUGUUCCAAACUGGGAUUAUGAAGCUUCAAACAUGAAUUUUCCUGGUUAUGAAUCUGAAUCUCAAAUUGUUCAUUGUGAUGUGAGGGGCAGUCUUGAGCCUCCUUGUAAUGCAGUUGGCUUGAUUGAUCGAAUUAUUCUUGGUGAGCAUCAUCUUUAUCAACGUCCUGUGUACAGAAGAACAAAGGAAUGCAGUGUUAAUUCUCCUGACUAUGGACCUCUGCCACCAAAUGCACCUGGGUGGUGCCUUGCACCAUUUGAUCCAGAGGGCAUCUUAAGUUCAUUGAUGGCUGCUAUCACAUGUUUUGUGGGAUUGCUUUAUGGGCACAUACUUGUGCAUUUUAAGGGCCAGAUGCAGAGGGUAUUUUUGUGGUCCAUGUUAUUGUUCCCUCUACUAAUUGCAGGAUAUGUUUUUAAGUUGCUAGGGAUUCCUUUCUGUAAACCUCUCUAUACAUUGAGCUAUAUGUGCAUCACGGCAGGAGCAUCAGGCUUGUUCCUAACCAUUAUCUAUUACGUAGUUGAUGUCAAAUGUUUUAGAAAGCCAACAAGAUUACUAGAAUGGAUGGGGAUGAACGCUCUCAUCAUAUAUGCUGUGGCUGCUUGUGACCUUUUCCCAGCAGCUCUGCAAGGUUUCUAUUGGCGUUCACCUGAAAACAACCUGGGGGGACCUGCAAAAAGAAAAUUGACAGUACUUCCAGAUAAAGUUCACUGAUUCACCCAAAAGAACCAAAGAUAAAAUAUCCACAAUGUGCUUCAUGCUCUUGGCCUGUGGAACCUGCAUCAAAGGAGGUAAUGGCCAGGGAAUAGAUUUGGUGAUACAAGACCUGGAAACGCUGAAAUCUAUGUGAGUUCGGUCAAAAAGCACUCCAUUUUGCAACACCACAGGACCAGAUUGAAUCGCUCUGUUAUCAAAUCACUCUCUCCGUCCCACUUCCGAGUCAUACCCAAUGGUAUCACGACACGACACAUGUAGACGUUGUACAGUCAACUUCUCCACGUCAGUCACAUGCCACAGUGGAGGGCUUGGGAGGAUCAUGGCAAUGCCUGAAUGCCCUCCUUCAUGCCACUUUUUGUCACUAAAGCUGAUGGGGGUUGCAACAAAGAAGCCUUUGGUGUAGUAUUUUCCACUAGAAAGAUAAAAAGGUGAAUUCUUGCCCAGCUUGCGGGAAUCCACUUUGUGUGAAAAAGAGUUGAAGAGACAGAGACGGCACUGAAGAUUGUUCCAUUGCCAGGUCAUCAGACCUUCCAACCUAGUAUUUAAGUCAUUCCCUUCUAGAGCUAAAGAGAGGAUAAUAGCAAACAGAACUUUAAGCAGCCAGCUUUCGGUAUUCAUUGUGGGCAACAGAAAAUGGAAUCUAGUCCAAAAGCUACAGACCGUUCACAUGGCCCAAGUCUCAUGAACAAGUUCUAUCAGGUUUAAUUACUGUAACAAACUUUAUCAAAAAUACCAAUACUUGCUUCAUGAAUUAGAAAUUUAUUACUUAAA